AUGGGUUCCACGAGCGAAUUGCCAUGUUACACGCUCAUUCAUAUUCCCAGCGACUUUGAGCUGCCAACAGACCAGCAGUUGCGCGAGAAGUUCGAGAAAGGUUUAAUUUUCAACGAAAAACUUUUUUAACUUCUGUAAAUUAUAGGAAAUGACAAGGAAAAGGCCGAGGCCUUGAAGAAGCUGAUCUACAUGAUCCUGAAUGGUGAAAAGUUCGGCCAGGGAAUGUUGAUGUUCGUCAUUCGCUUUUGCCUUCCGUCAAAUGACCACACGCUCAAGAAGUUGCUGCUGAUCUUCUGGGAAAUUGUCCCGAAAGUGGGAAAUUCAGGAUUUUAAAGGGAUUUGUGAUUUUUUUUUGUAGACCGACACUCAUGGCAAGCUUCUGCACGAGAUGAUUCUCGUUUGCGAUGCUUACCGGAAAGAUCUUCAGCAUCCGAAUGAGUUUGUUCGCGGAUCUACCUUGAGGUUGGGAAUUCUAUUUUUAUUGUAAUUUCUAUUGAAGUGUGUAAAUUAAUUUGAAGCAGAUAUUAGCCUUGAUAGAAUUUUGUCCUCUUUCUCUGAAAAUAUCGUAAAUAUUUUUUUCAGCAAAUCAAUGUUAAAAAAAUUAAAUGUUUUGACUCAUUUUACGCGUUUUCCUUGAACUUUGUUACUUCUCUUCUCUUUUUUCCUUUAUAAUUUUUUUUAUUCAAUCUGUCGUAUCUUUAUUCAAUUGUUAUUAUUCUUAUUGCUAAGAAAACUCGCAACUUUUUUUUUAGAACAUUGCGCCACUGUUUUUAGGUUCUUUAAAACUGAUUUUCUCAUAGUUUCCAUGUUUUUUUCUUAACCACGGGUGUAUAAAAGUGCUUAGAAUCUUUGUGAAAAUGUGAAAAGGAGCAGAUAACUCGAAUUACUUGUGAAAUGACACUAAAAAAUGGUUUUUGUCGGAAAAAUUGGAAAAAAAAUGACCUUUUAUCUUCCAGAUUCCUGUGCAAACUGAAGGAACCCGAGCUUCUGGAGCCCCUGAUGCCGGCCAUCCGAGCCUGCCUCGAACACAGACACUCUUACGUUCGUCGUAACGCCGUUUGCGCCAUUUUCACCAUCUACAGUAAUAUUUUCACCUUUUAAAUGUUCAUAAAUGUAUUAUUUGCAGGAAACUUCGAGUUUCUGAUCCCGGAUGCCCCGGAAUUUGUCACGGAAUAUCUCGAAACUGAACAAGACGCUUCUUGCAAAAGAAACGCCUUUAUGAUGUUGCUCCACGUGGAUCAGGCCCGAGCCCUGGAUUACCUUUCUGGUUCUUUUUUAUUUCAUUCUUCUGAAAAAAUGGUUAUAAAUGCUUUAUUUUCAAGGAAACUGUAAAACUAACUAGCGGAGAAUUUUUUAAAAUUUUUCAACUUUUCCGGGCCUUUUUAGCAAUAUUUAUACACAUUACGGAUACUCAAGUGGUAAAUUUUAAAGUUUCAUAAAAAAAUGUUGGAUUUUUGUUUCUCACUUUGUGAAACUUCUUUUUUUAUCGGUAGAGCUCAUAUUCAUCAAAUUUUUUUGGAUCACUACUGAAAUUUUUUUCAGGAUUUUUUUACUGACUUUUUUUCAGUUUUUUUAUUUAAAAAAAUACCCAUUCCUAGUUUCAAAAAAAUAAGAAUUUUUUUAGUCCUGGGAAACAUGAGGAAAAAGUUGAUUAAUUAAUUGUUGUUAAAAUAAUUUUUAAAAACAAAUUAACUUUUAAAAAUGUAAUGAAAUGAUGAGAAAAAUCGAUUUUGGAACGCUUCAGAUAUUAGAAAAAAACAGCAAAAAAAAAUUUUUUUCUCAUUGUAAAAAAAUGGGAAUUUUUUUGAAAAGUUGGAUUUGAAGUAAAUUUGGUCUCUUCUAAUCAAAAAAAUCCACUGGCAAAAUCCAAUUUGAAAAGGUUUUUUUAGCCAUUAUAGGAAACAGUAAAGUUUCGAGAAAAAUUUUGAUUUAAAUUAUAGAAAAAUUCGAUUUCUGAACGUCUCAAAACAACAGAAAAAAUAAUAUAUGUAAUUUUGGUCUUUUUGAAUUAAAAAUUCACUAGAAAAAGCCAAAUUUUGUGCUGGAAAAGGUUAAAAAAGUUAUUGAAAUGAGUUUUUCUGUUUUUCAGGAUGUAUCGAUUCUGUUGGACAGUUUGGAGACAUUCUUCAGCUUGUCAUCGUUGAAUUGAUCUACAAAGUAAUCGAUAAAUCUUAUUUUGCAUAUUUAUUGAUGUUUUCAAAGGUCUGCCACACGAAUCCGAACGAGUGCGCUCGUUUUAUUCGUUGCGUCUAUAAUUUGCUCCAAUCUCAGUCGCCGGCUGUCAGGUUUGUUAGGGGAAAAAUAGGCUUUGGAAAUAAAAAGAAAAUUAAAAUUUGGAAAAUAGACGCAGAAAAGAUAUGUGAUUUUUUUAGAAAAUGAAAAAAAAAAUUUUUUUUUUUAUUUCAGAAAAAAUGGCAUAGAACAGAUUUCGAGAACCUUUUUUCAAAUAACUGAUACUUGAAACUGUAACACGAACUAGUGGAGAAUUAUGGGAGAAUCUCAGUUUUUCUGGAACUUUCUAAAGCAAUAUUUAUACACAUAACAGUUAUACCUUCUGAAAAAAAUCGAGAAAAAAAAAUCGUAUACUUUAUUUUUUUCAAUCUCUUUAUUUCAUUGUUGGAGCUCACAACAUUAGAUUUUCGGCUUUUCAAAUUUAUCAAUUAUAUCCAGUAAUCGAAAAAAUCAGUAGGCAAGAAAUAUAUACUUUUGAACCUGAAAAACAGACUUUUUUUGAGUUGAGAUUUCAAUUUUCUCACGAAUAGAUUAUCUGUGGAGCACGCAGUCACCAUUUCCCUGAAUAUAAAAAGCAAAUGUUCGUCGUAAAAUACUUUUUUUCCUUGAUAAACCAAAAAAAUUUCAUUUCUUGAAAAUAUGAAGUUGUGUAAACUCUUUUUCGAUGAAUUAAGCAGCAAUUUUUUUAGGAUAGAGGCCAAAAAAACCUAGAUUUUUCAAAUUUAAGAAACUGCUGUAACUUUUUUUAAUUGAUUGAACUGCAAUUUUUUUGUCAUAAACUUUGGAAAACCUUCUUUUUUUGGAAAUAUGAAGCUGCUGGAAAUUUUUAUAAUUAGUUAAACAGCAAUUUUUUUAGUCAUAAAUUACAAAAAAACGUUUAUUUUUUUCUUUUUGUUAUAAAAUGAAAAAAAUCUACAUUUUUUUAAGAUAUGAAGCGGCUGGAACUCUUGAAUCUAGUUUCAUAAAUUGAACAUCAGUUUUUCUACUAUAAAAAUUCGAGAAACCUUCAUUUUUUUGAAGAUAUGAAGCUGCUGGAACUCUUGUCACACUCACAACGGCCCCAGCAGCCGUCAAAGCCGCCGCUUCGGCUUAUAUCGACCUGAUUGUCAAGGAAAGCGACAAUAAUGUCAAGGUAUCGACGAUUUUUCAGUGAAUAAUGAAAAAAAAAAUUAUUUUUCCAGCUGAUCGUCCUUGACCGCCUCGUUCAGCUUCGUUCCAACAGCAAUAAUGAACGGGUUCUUCAGGGCCUUGUCAUGGACAUUUUGAGGGUGAAUUUGGGAAGAAAUAACGAAUAUUUGAGAUGAAAAUGUAAACACGAUACAGAUAAUUUAAAUUUUCAAAAAAUUCCCCUGAAAAAACGGUGGUAUGAAAAAAACACCGGCGAAAAUUCAAACGGCGACUUUUCCGAUUUUUUCAUUUCGCUAGGGAACUUUCCGACGGCCACCUUUCCGACGAAACUUUUUCCGACUUUUUUUUCUCGAUAAACUCUUCGUUUUACAUCUUCCUAUAUAAAGUAGGUAGUUUGUUCAUAAUUAAAACACAAAGAAAUAGGAAAAAAAUGUUCAUAGAUGUUUUAUAAACCAAAAAACAUAAGGGAAAAAAGUCGGAAAAAGUUUCGUCGGAAAGGUGGCCGUCGGAAAGUUCCCUAGCGAAAUGAAAAAAUCGGAAAAGUCGCCUUUUGAAUUUUCGCUGGUGUUUUUUUCAUACCACCGAAAAAACCUGAAAAUGAGACUUUUUUUUGAUUUUUUGAUUCAUUUUUCAGCGAAAAUUCAAAAUUUAAGCCUUUUUAGUGACUACUAGGGAACCUCGGGGGACAAUUUUCAGUUUCUUUUUCACAUUUUUUUAGUCGAAAAUUGUGAUUUUUUGGUGGAUUUUAAUGUCUAUAAAGGAUUAUUAUUCCAUUAUUAUUUUUAUUUUGAAGGUCCUGACGUCGCCCGGCUUGGAAGUGCGCAAAAAGACGCUGAACCUGGCCCUCGACUUGGUUUCCAGCAGAAAUGUCGAAGAUAUGGUCAUGUUCUUAAAGAAGGUGAUUUUCUUGUUUCAGAUGGGUUUCAAAAUACGUAGUUUACGGUUUUCUUAUUGUUUUUUAUACCGAAACAUUGAGAAAAUCGAACCAAAACUUUAAAAAUUACAGAUUUUCAUAUCAUCUCAAUUAUUUCGCAUUUUAUCCACAAAUAAUUUUUUUGAUGAGUUUUUUUGAAUUUCAAGGUUACGGUAUUUUUUUAAUACUAAAAAAAUAAAAUUAAAAAAAUUUUUUUCGUUAAUAAAUUAGAUAACUGGGAAACUAUGCGGAAGAUAACAAGUAGGAAAUUAUUUGUAAUUAGGUUAUCGUAGCUCAGAAAAAAAUCCCUGAAACAGUAAAGAUUUUUUUGAGCCGUUUUUUUAAAAAUUUUUUUCGAUUUUUUUGGAAGCUUAAAAAAAGCCCUUUUUUUGUUUUUUUCAUAUCCUCGCUGGGCGUAUUUUUUUACAAUAGGUAAUUUUUUUGAUGUUUGAAAAAUUUUCCGAAAACUCUGUUUUCCGCGUUUUUUUUUGCGGAACUGUCAUUAGAAGCCGUUAUCAGAAAAAAAAAACCCGGAUUUAAUAGUUGAAUUGACUGUUUUUUUAUCCCUUUUCCAGGAAAUCAACAAAUCGGCGUCGGAAGCUUCUGACGAAAAUGGCCGAUACAGACAGGCCUUGGUCCAAACUCUCCAUUCUGCUACCAUCAAGUUCCCAGAUGUUGCUCCGACUAUCGUUCCAGGUUUCAGAAGAAUCCCGAAUUUUCCCAUCUCAUUUUUGCAGUUUUGAUGGAAUUCCUGUCGGAUAGCAACGAAACGGCGGCUUCUUAUGUCCUUCAGUUCGUCCGAGAAGCCGUUCACAAGCUUCCGGCUCUCAAGGAGACUAUCCUCGCCUCUCUUCAGGUUCAUUUUAGGACCUUUGGAGAAAUUUAGCGUGUUUCAAAACGAAAUAAUGACAAUUGGUGCUAAAAUUUGCUCCGAAACAGCAAUUUUUCUCGCUUUUUUUUCUGAUUGAAAUGCAAUGAGUAGGCGCUUGUUGCUGCCCCCAGUGAAUUAAACGAUUCUGAGUCAUUUAGAGCUCACUCAAGUGAAUUUAGAGCCUCUUAAGGGACCACUUGAAGGCUAAAAAAAACAGUUUUAAUUUGAAAUUGGAUAAUUGAAUAUAGUAGAGUCUUUUUUAUUGUUUCCACAGUGAUUUGGACAAUUUUUAAUUAUUUAGUGGCCAUUUAAGUGGUUUUUAGAGCCUCUAAAGUGUCCCCUUGAAGGUUCAAAACAACUACCAAUAGCGGAUUUCACUUGAAAACGGGAAAAUUAAACUUGGAAAGGUUUUUUUUUCUACUUUCUCAGUGAUCUAGAAGAUUUUUAUCCAUUUAGCGGCCAUUGCAGGAGUUUUAGCGCCUCUUAAGUGACCACUUGAAGGUUUAAUAUCACUACCAAGAGCGGAAUCAAAUUUUUAAUUGAAAAAUUGAUCCAAAAAAAGUUUUUUUUGUCCUUUUUAGCUGCCACAGUGAUUUGGGCGAUUCUGUGCCAUUUAGUGGCCAGUCAAGAGGUUUUAGCACCCCUUAAGUGGUCAUUUAAAGAUUCAAAACAACUACCAAUGACUGAUUACACUUGUGAAUCCAAAAAUUGAAUUCAGGAAGGCCUGAUGUCAAUCAGAACCCCCAACAUUUUCAUGUCCGCCCUGUGGAUCCUCGGAACUUAUUGUGACUCGGACAAUUCUAUCUUGGCCGUUUUGAGGUGAACAGUUGUGUGGAUUAUUUUUUAUGAAAGUUUUGGUUUGAUUAUUUUGAUAUUUUCAAGCUUUUGGAAGUUUUUUUUUCUGUUGGAAAGCGUCUUUUUUGGCUGGAAACGUCAUUUUUUCGAAAUUUGAAAGCCAAUGGAGUAGGAAAAAGACGUUCAUUUUUUGAACCAACUUGAAAAGCUUAAGUUAGAAAAGAAGUAAGAUUAGGCGUUAAGGAAAGUAUUUUCGAGAAAUCAUCAAGAUUUUUCAGCUUCAUUUGUAUUUUAAAACCUUAUUGCGAUUUUUUUUUUUGAUUCUCAAUAGGUUUCGCAAUUAAAAUUAGAUCAAAUUUAUCCCAAAUAUGAGCUUUUGCCAUUGAAGACUCGUCAAGUCGGCCCUCGGAGAGCUCCCAAUCGUCGACUCGGAGAUCAACGAGAAAGAAGGCGGCGAAGAACAUCCGACCGAGGCGACGGCCGAGAAGAAAUCGGCUCCGAGGCAGUUGGUCACCGCCGACGGCACCUACGCCACGCAGUCGGCUUUGUCCAGCAAGGUGGUCGCUCGCGAGGUCGAGAAGCCCCCUCUUAGGUUGGUUUUGAGAUGAAAUAGAGUUUUUCAGACUAGGUAUCCAGUUUGACUUGAAAUUAUUUUGAGAAAAACUCAAUUUUAGCUCUAAAUAUCUUGAGAAGUGACAAAUUUAAAUACAAGCUAGUCCACUUUUAAAGCACCUUUUUGGAACUAACAAUUAGGUACUAACAAGAAUUUUACGAAGCUUUGUAGUUUUUUUGGGGUGAACAAGAGGAUCGUUUCGUCUAUAAAUUCGGCCUUUCUUAAAUUACUUUAAAAAAUGAAAUAUCAGUUUUAGGGAUCUUGACAAUUUUUCAAUCAAGUUCUACUUUUUUUUUUUGAAGCAUCUUUUUGUAAUUUGAAAACGGGAGUAUGAAUAGAUCCAGCCUGAAAAGUUGAUAUAUUUCUGCUGUUUUUAGAGAGCCCUGAAAAACGUAAGAAAAAAAGUUCCCUGAUUUUGAGCCGGAUUAUGAGCGUUUUCUUAUAGAUUAUGUGCAGUAAAAUGUGAGAUUUGAAGCGUCAAAAAAUGGCUAAAAAGAUAAAGUCGUGAAUUUUUUCACUAGGGCUGUCUUCAGGGUUCUCCAGAGAACGUAUGACGAGUUUCAGAAAAUUAACAAGAUUUUCCUAUUUGAACUCACGUCUUGAGGGUUUUAUUGAGAUUUUGAAAAAAGUUCAAAAAAUCAUGAAGAUUUUGACAUGAAUCGUUUGAAUCCUGAGAUGAAAAUUCAGACGAUUCUUGCUCAACGGCGAGUUCUUCCUCGGAGCCGCUCUGGCGACGGUUCUGACCAAGUUGGCCCAGCAGUUCACGGACAACAACGGAGAAGGAACGGACCGUUCCAAUCGUUUCCGCGCCGAGUGCAUCUUGAUCCUCUCCUCGAUCAUCCAUCUCGGCAAGAGCGGACUCGCCAGCGAAGGCGUCACGGAAGACGACCUCGAUAGGUUUCUCCAUAGAACCUUUUCCGGCAAACCAAUCUGCUUCCAGAAUGGGCAUCACCGUGAAGCUCCUCGCCCAGGGAAUCCCGGAACUCGACGGCGUUUACCGCGAUCAGUGCAAAAAAUCGCUCGAGCUGAUGUUGGCCGCCAAGAAUGUCAAUCGCGUCGUCGACAGCUCCGUCAAGAAGGGCAAAAACUUUGUCGAGGUCCUUGGCUUUUCACAAAAAGUUAUUUAGAAUUUGCUCAUGGAAAGAUAGACCCAGAAAAAAAAGCUGAGAAAAAUGAGCUCAAAAAAGAUUCAGAGAAAAUGCGUUCCAUUGAUAAAAAUCAGUAAUUUAGAUUUUUAGUUUUUUUUUCGAGGUUUUAUGACUCUAGAUGGUCCUAGCUUGGUUUAGAAGCUUAAAAAAUCUAAGCUGCAAAAAAAAUUUAAUUGAGAAAAAAAUUAGCUCAAAGAAAAGGUCUUGUGAAAGUGCGCUCCAUGUAUAAAAAUCACUUAAUGUCAUUUUUAGUUUUCUAUCGAGGUUUUAUGGGUCUAGAAGCUCCUAACUUGGUUCAGAAGCUUUGAAAUUUGAGCUGCAAAAAAAAAUUUGAUGAGAAGAAUGAGCUCUAAGAAAAGUUUAAGGGUAAAUGCGCUCCAUAGAUGAAAAGAGCUGAUUACAGAUUUUCAGUCUUUUAUCCAGGUUUUAUGGCUCUGAAAACUCCUACUGGGUUUAGAAGCUUUAAAAUUUGAGCAGAAAAAAAUAUUGUUUAAAAAUAAUGAGCUUUGAAAUAAAGAUUCAGGGAGAGUGCGCUCCAUGGAUAAAAAUCGCUAAAUUUCAUUUUUAGCUUUUUAUCGGGCGGAUUUUCUCAAUGGAGCGCAUUUUCACAUUGAUUUUUUCUUUUGCGGUUUUUUGAUAUCUAAAUUUUCAAAAACCGAGAAUUCCUCUGUAGUGAAGAAGCUGAAACUUAUGGUCUAGAUUUUAUGAACCCAGAAAAAAAACCUAAAAAUUUUAUUUUCCAGGUUGAUAAGACAAUUUCUUUCACUCAACUCUCGGCGAAAGCCAAUGCGACCGGAGAAAAUCUGUUCGAUUUGUCGCUUUCUCAGGCCCUUGGCACGGCGCCAAAGACCCAGAAGUUCGAUUUUUUUCGAGGUAUUUUUUUCCCUAAAAUAGGAACGAAUGAAUAUAAUAAUUUUUUUCAGUUCGAAGCUCGGAAAAAGUCAUCCAAUUGGCCGGAUUUUUCGGACCCUAUUUAUGCCGAGGCUUACGUUAAUGUUAACCAGUAUGAUAUUGGUGUGGAAAACCAAUAUUUAGAUGAUUUUUAAUGAAGAGAUUUUUCAGUUCUUGACGUUCUCAUCGUCAAUCAGACGGGCGACACUCUUCAGAAUGUCUCGCUUGAAUUGGCGACUGUUGGAGACUUGAAACUGGUCGAUAAACCGACCCCAGUCACCUUGGCACCGUCUGAUUUCUCGAAUAUCAAGGUGAGAAAUGGGAGAAAACAAAAAUCAUUAAGAAACGUGAGGUUGAAAACGGGGUUUUUAAAGAAGAAAUAUAUUGCCGACUUGACUAAAAAAAAAUCAAGCUUUCUGAUAAUUUUUGACAUCUGGAAUAUCAUGUUGAGAAAUGGGAAGAGCUCAAAAAAUCAGCAACAAAUUUAAGAAAAGAAGGGUUUUCUAAACCAAAAAAUCGGAUAAAAUUGUCGGAGAAAAAUUUCAGAGCCGGCUUGAUUUUAAUAAAGCUGACAGUUAAUUUCUUGAAAAUCAAGGUAAAAAAAUAGGAAGAUCACAAAAAAAUAAGAAGGAUAUAAAUGAAACUGAAAAAAGGAUUUUGAAAGGGAAAUCUACUGAAAAUAAUCAGGUCGAAGUUGAAAAAAUCUGGAAAAAUCAGUAAAAAAAUUGACAUACAAAGAUUUUUCGACAAAAAAAAAUGGAUAAAAAAGCCAAAAAAAUUUGAGAACCAAGCUUUGGCAAUUUUUCAUUUCUUUAAAAUUGAGGGCAAAAAUGAGUAGAAUAGAAAAAAAAAUCGUAGAAGUAGUGGGAAAUAUUGAGAAAAUUCAGAAAAAAAAGGCUUUCAAGUUUUGCUUGAGUCAAAUAAGGCUUUCUGGCCAUUUUUUUAAUGCUUUAGUUAGUUUUUUUGAUUUCUCGAGAAUCAGGUUAAAAAUUUUUAAAAAAAGAUUUUUAAAAAGAUUUUUAAAAAAACGUUGGUAUGAAAGAAUAAAACUAGAAGGAGGCUUUGAAAAGAAAAAAAUCGAAGAAAAAAAUUAAAUUAUGAAAUGGUGCGCUCCGUGGAUAACUUUUUAGUUUAUCGAGUUUUUUUCUCAAAUUAUCCUGGUUUUUUUCGAAUUUUUUUGCAUCCUCUUGCUUUCUUCAAUUAAAAAAACUUGAUAUUUGAAUCGAUUUGAAUAAAAUUUAUGUCGAGAUAAUUUUUUUAGAAAAAGGACACGGUUUUUAUAAUAAGCAUUUAUCUGAAUUUCAGAGUGAUUGUUGUUAUAACCUCUUAAUAAAUACAGUAAAUCCAAUAUUUAGAAUUUUUUUGGAUUCAAAAAAAUCAUAAGAAUGGCUGUGAAACUGUAGACAAAAAAAUUUCAUUUUUUUCGGAAAGUGGAAAAAAAUUAUUCAAAAGUCAAUAAAAAAAUAAGCUUUUUUUCUCAACUUUUUCAUAUUAUAAUUUUUUUAGGCUACGGUAAAAGUUGCUUCGACCGAAAAUGGCGUCAUUUUCUCGACGAUUUCCUACGACGUUCGAGGAUCCACAUCCGAUAGGAACUGUGUCUAUUUGCAGGAUAUUAAAAUUGAUAUUAUGGUACUUUCUGAGGAAAUAAAAUGGGAAAAUGAGGGAUAAUAGGACUACAUUGUUCCUGGAACGGUCACGGACGUCGAAUUCCGACAAAUGUGGUCGGACUUUGAGUGGGAGAACAAGGUGAACGUCGCGACGCCGAUCCUGAAUCUCCGGGAGUUCCUCACCCACCUCUCCACGUCGACCAACAUGAAGAUCCUCACUGAGGACAAGGCUAUCGGUUCGUUUUGAGGGGGAAAUUGGUUUUACAGGGAAAAAAUCGGCUUUUUAUUCAGAAAUCUUAGAGUAUACUGAGCACUUUUUAAUAUCUUUUAAGUAGAUUUCUAUGGAAAUUUGAAAUUCUCACUGAAAACAAGGGCAUAGGUUCGUUUUUGAUGGAGGGAAAUCGACACAGAAAGGAGGUUUUUCAAGGAAAAAAAGAUAAUUUUACUCAAAAAAAUAAUAAAAUAAACCUUUUUGUGAGGUCUUAUGAGAAAUUAUCCGCUUUCUAUCCAGAUUAUUAGAAAUUACUCAGCUUCAAUUUUUUUGAAUCCAGUUUUUAUGGUCAUCUUAAAAUUCUCACUGACAAAAAGGCUAUCGGUUCCUUUUUUUAAGCGGAGAUUGGAUUAAAAAAAUACUGUUUUAUGGGAAAAAGAAAUUGGCUUUUUAUUCGAAAAUCUUAGGGUUAACUGAGCUUUUUUGUAUUUUUUUUAGCAGAUUUUCGUCAGAAAUUUGAAAUUCUCACUGAAGAAAAGGCUAUGAGUUGUUUUGAAGAAGAAAAUCGAAUCAAAAUUUGAGUUUUGUGGCGAAAAAUUGAACUUUUUAUUCAGUAUUCCUAGUGUCCUGUAAAACCUGAAAAAAUCGCCCGAUUUUGAGUGAAAAGCGAAUUUUUUUGGCAUGAAAAAAACUUAGUUGAAAAGUUUGAUCUGUCACAUUUUGAGUCAGUUUUUGAAUUUUUGAUAGUAAUGCCGUCUUCAAAGUAAUUUCCGCGAAAUGCAAAAUACCCGUUAGAGAAAGGAAAAGAUCACUAAAUUUUGGAGAGUCAGAGAUCAUUUUGCAUUUCGCGGAAAUUACUUUGAACAUGGCAUAAAAAAAACUUGUCAUUUUAUCCAAUUUUGCAUUGAAAUUAGUAUAAUUUACUUAUAUUCAAUGCUUCAUGACUAUUAUUGCAUUUUGAGGGCAUUUUUUAGGAAAUGCGUAAAGUUUGAAUCAGUUUUUAUAAAUUUUCCCAACAUUUUCCAUUUUUUCAUUUUUAUAAAUUGAUUUUUUGUCUCUGCAGACGGAGACUGCGGCUUCUUGGCGGCCAACCUGUGUGCCCACUCGAUUUUCGGAGAAGAUGCCCUGGCCAACGUUUCCAUCGAGAAGAAAGUCCCCUUGGACGAAUCUUCGCCCAUUUUCGGCCACAUCCGAAUCAGGGCCAAGAGCCAGGGAAUGUGCCUGACCCUUGGUGAUAAGGUAGAUCGAUUGAUCCAAAAACUCUUGAAAAAUCGAACUUUUUCCAGAUCAGCUCGGCGAUGCGACAACGGAGAGACGGACUGCCCCUUCUGACCCCUAUCCAAGGGAAAUAA